AUGCAAACACCAACUUGUACUACUUCCACGCGAAGUUCAAGAAGACCGACAGAGAUCUAUUCGUCGAGUUGCCUUCGUAAAGGCUGCAGCGAGUCUACCAAGAAAAAACUGGACAAGGAAUACCUCGUGGUCAGUGGCAUUAGCCACCCAGGUAUUAUAAAUGUGGUAGAUUGGAUUCAAACAGACAAUACCUAUGGCCUGGGGCUAGAGUUUGCUCCCUUUGGUAAUUUGAGAGAGGCCAUGUUUACCCAGUUCUCCCAAAUUCGUGGAAUGUCCAAGUUCAUCAUGUUCAGGCAAAUAGUCUCAGCUGUUGAGUUCCUGCACAACGCCGGCAUGGCCCAUCUCAACAUCCGGCCUGGAAGUGUUAUGGUCUUCAAGAAAUGGUGUCUUGUCAAACUGUCCGGCUUUGAUCACGUGGUGAAGGUGAAUCCCAAACGGCUUUGCCGCUUAUUUGACCUCCAUGCAAUCUCCACCCCACCUGAAGUAUUCAAGAAGAAGCCAUACCAUCCCCAGAAAGCGGACAUCUGGGCGCUUGGGUCCCUGUUUUUCUACAUCCUGACCGGUGAUUACCUGCAGAAAGACACCGGCUUUUCACUGGACCGUCUGGUCUUCCCCUGCCUUAAAGGUUGUGACUGGGACGACAAACGGGGCGCUCUGGAAAUUCUCAACUGCGCAUUAUUUCCUGUAGCACAUCGCCGCCCUGAAGCCUCCCAGCUUAUGAGGCGAUUUAAAUUCUUCGGAUUGUAA